CCUGCCCAUAGUUUACUCACCAAAGGCUUCCCUUCUUUCUUUCUUCCUCCUCUUAUCUUCUGACCACACUCCUAGAUAAUCUCUUUUACUCCACGCCACUCUCUUUUGCACCUUAUAUCACAGAGCAGAAGAGUAUUUCUUCGCCCAUUGCUUAAUUCAACACUGCCGCCCGCCCGUCCUGCCUGUGACGUCUUCCACCCAACACCACAGCCGAGACCACCAACAUCAAAAGAACGAACGACGAACGAACGCCUCCGGCAUCGCCAUAGUCCUCACCCAAACAACCCUCUCACGAUGAGCACGACAGAUGGGAAUAAGCCAAACGAGUCAAACGGUAACGGUACGCCAAACGAGCCCAGACAUGUGUCAAUCGAGAUCGGCGAAUACGCCCCUGCCGACGCCUACUACGGUCUGAAGAACACCGCUCACCAGAAUCCGCGGAGACAGUCGACCUUUUCUACGAACUACGCUGCUUCACGAUUCCGCGAGGACACGCUGUCCGAACUGCCAGCUCGCCGUGGUAGCCAUGACGAGAGCACCCUCGGACAACUCAAGUUCCUGAUCAACGUCGACAGCACACUAGAGAACCUGCAGAAGCAAGAAGACACCGAUAACAACUUCCAAAUCACCAUCGAGGAUAAUGGCCCGAAGGUCAUCUCCCUCGGCACUGUUACUUCCAAUGGCUUCCGACGCCAUGAUAUCCGCGGCACAUACAUGCUCUCGAACUUGCUCCAGGAACUAUCACUGGCCAAGGAGGCCGGUCGUCAUAUGAUCGUGCUGGACGAGUCGAGGCUGAAUGAGAACCCAGUGAAUCGCCUGACCCGCCUCAUUAAGGACACCUUCUGGGAUAGGUUAACCCGGCGCAUUGAUGGACACGUGAUCGAGAUUGCUGGCAGGGACCCCAAGGACUGGACGGAUGACCCGAGACCCAGGAUUUAUAUCCCGAGAGGUGCACCUGAGCAGUUUGAGUACUACACCCAGGUGGCCAAGGACAGACCGGAAGUCCGCUUGGAUGUCCAGUGGCUGCCGGAGAAGAUCACCCCAGAAAGUGUCCGCGAUAUGAACGCAAAGCCAGGGCUUCUCGCUCUGGCAAUGGAGGAGUCCCACGAUCCCAGCACCCAGAAGAUGACGCUGAGGGGUGUGCCUUUUGUCGUGCCUGGAGGUCGCUUCAAUGAGCUGUACGGAUGGGAUAGCUACAUGGAGUCGCUUGGUCUCAUUGUUAACGGCAGAGUCGACCUUGCCAAGGCCAUGGUCAUCAACUUCUGCUUCUGCAUCAAGCACUACGGCAAGAUCCUCAACGCGAACCGCUCCUACUACCUGUGCCGCUCGCAGCCGCCCUUCCUCACCGACAUGGCCUCCCGCGUCUACGACAAGAUCCAGCACGAAAAGGGCUCGCGCGAGUUCCUCCGCCUCGCCACCCUCGCCGCCAUCAAAGAAUACCGCAGCGUCUGGACCGCCGAGCCCCGCCACGACCCCAUCACCGGCCUCUCGCGCUACCGCCCCGAGGGCCUCGGCGUCCCACCCGAAACCGAAGCCUCGCACUUCAUCCACAUCCUCGAGCCGUACGCAAAGAAGCACAACCUCACCUUCAACGAAUUCGUCGAGGCCUUCAACAACCGCGAGAUCCUCGAGCCAGAACUCGACGACUACUUCAUGCACGACCGCGCGGUCCGCGAGUCCGGCCACGACACGUCCUACCGCCUCGAGCGCACGUGCGCCGACCUCGCCACCAUCGACCUCAACUCGCUGCUGUACAAAUACGAGGUUGACAUCGCGCGCAUCAUCCGCGUCCACUUCGACGACAAGCUCGCCGUCCCCGCCGAAUUCUGCACCGGUAACAUGGUAGCGGGCCAACUCGAGACGUCGGCGCUGUGGGACCGCGCGUCGCGCGCGCGCAAGAAGGCGAUUAAUAAGUACCUCUGGAACGAGGAGAAGGGCAUGUUCUUCGACUACAACACCGUGUCGCAGCAUCAGCAGACCUAUGAGUCCGCCACCACCUUCUGGGCCAUGUGGGCUGGUCUCGCGACGCCGAGGCAGGGCGAGCAGAUGGUCGCGCAGGCUGUUCCCAUCCUCGAGGCCGCUGGAGGUCUGUUAUCAGGUACCCGUCACAGUCGUGGCGAGAUUGGCCUCGAGAGACCGAAUCGGCAGUGGGAUUAUCCCUAUGGCUGGGCGCCGCAGCAGAUGUUGGCGUGGACGGGACUCCAGAGAUAUGGACACCAGGAUGUUGCCGAAAGGUUGGCGUAUAAGUGGUUGUAUAUGAUUACGAAGGCAUUUGUGGAUUAUAACGGCGUGGUGGUGGAGAAGUAUGAUGUUACGCGCCCUGUGGACCCGCAUAGGGUGGAUGCCGAGUAUGGGAAUCAGGGGUUGGAUUUUAAGGGGGUGGCUAAGGAGGGCUUCGGAUGGGUAAACGCCAGCUACGUCUACGGGAUGCAGAUCUGCAAUGUGCACAUGCGUCGCGCCCUGGGGACUUGCACGCCCUAUGAGACUUACCGCAAGAUGACCGAGCAUGGUCUGUGAGCUGGUCUGCGGUUCUGCAUCCCUGUCCUGUUCCGUCCCCGUCCGUCCGCCUCCCUCCCUGUCCCAAUAUGACAAGGUUUUUGGAUACACAUGCGCAUACGCGCCCUCCCAGCCCUUUGCGUGCAUUCGGUGCUAGAACCCCGCGCAUCACCACCAUUCAUCUGGGAGUACUCCCUCAGGGCGUGGUACGGAACUGUCCAUCCCUACCCCAUCCGCCUCAUGCUAUCUGGAGAUACGGGGUAUAAUGAAAGAGAUGGAUCGGGUCUUUUAGACUGUACUGUAUACUAUCACCACUGCAUAGAUGAUACAUGUGGCCUACAGAACACACAUGGGAUACAGGACAUAGGCGGUGUGGUCUUUUUUUGUCGGUUUUACAGGUGUAGAAUGGGACGGUAGAGGAGCUGCUAUGCUGCAUUGGGGGGGCUGUAUGAAUGGAUGGAUGGAUGCGUGGGUGAAAGGUUGUGCACAAGAUGGGAUUGGUGGAUGCAUGGAUGUGCGGUUGUAGGCCGGGUUUGUGGAUGUAGAUACGAGUAGGAGUGAGUAGGAGUUAAAUAAAGGGGGUUCAUCAACUAUCCUUUCUAACCGCCCUAGCGAAAUUGCAAAGCUAAACCUCCC